CCAGCGGGACAAUAACACAGCGACACCAAAUAUUCACGCAUUUCCGGCCAGCUCAGCGUACGGAGGAGUGUUGUCAAGCUGUAAUCCAGACAGAGACAUUUCUACAGCUCUGUUACCUGUUCCAACACUUAUACAUUUUCAUCAAACCUGACAUUACAGCAGAAUGGUGCUGCUGACAAUGAUCGCCCGACUGGCGGAUGGACUGCCGCUGGCCGCCUCAAUGCAGGAGGACGAGCAGAUGGGUCGAGACCUCCAGCAAUAUCAGAGCCAAGCCAAACAGCUGUUUCGCAAACUGAAUGAGCAGAGUCCCACCCGCUGUACCUUAGAGGCUGGCUUAAUGGCCUUUCACUAUGUCAUUGAGAAAGGAGUUUGCUACCUGGUGCUUUGUGAAGCCGGGUUUCCUAAAAAGCUGGCCUUCGCUUAUCUUGAAGAUCUGCAAGCAGAAUUUCAUGAACAACAUGGCAAGAAGGUGCCCACAGUCUCCAGGCCAUACUCCUUCAUAGAGUUUGACACAUACAUUCAGAAGACCAAAAAGUCUUAUAUCGACAGUAGAGCGCGCAGGAACCUGAGCAAUAUUAACACAGAGCUGCAGGAUGUACAGAGGAUCAUGGUGGCCAACAUAGAAGAAGUUCUGCAGAGAGGAGAGGCCUUAUCUGCAUUGGACUCAAAGGCCAGCAACUUGUCCAGCCUGUCAAAAAAAUAUAGAAGUGAUGCUAAGUACCUGAACACUCGCUCCACGUACGCUAAGCUAGCUGCGGGCGGAGUCUUCUUCAUCAUGCUUAUCGUAUACAUACGCUUCUGGUGGCUGUGAGGUCAAGGGGAAUGCAUGGAUGGGAGAGGGGCUCUUGAGAAAAUUACAGGAAGUGGGCACAGCCAAAAAGAGAAGCUGCCGCCGUAGCGUGCAUCACCAACCACAGUGAUCAGACUCAACUCUUCACCCCUUGGUUUCUCUUUGUAGAGGGGGAAGUGCGAGCUAGCUGAGGCUGACCUGCUGAAAAACACUGCCAAGCCUUGAACACUGCUGGGCUUUUUGUUAGACUGAACAGAUAAGAAACUUGGUUAAGUUGGUGCCAUCCAUUAAGUAGAUCUGUUGCAGCCUUUUUAGGAACCGCUGGUGUGCAACACAUUAAAUAGCAUAUUCUGAGAAAAUUUUGCAUUGGUCUGCAUAAGAACUACUGUAUGUGAGUGUGUUGCAUCCGCAGGUGCCAUUAGAUGUAGGAGAUUUGCAGUUCUUGACACUAUUGUGUCACAACUAAUGCUAUCUUUGUCCACCCCCACACUUUGAUACAUAGACAAGUGUUACAAGAUCAAGGUAAGAUGGGUAGUUCAGCAAAAAUUCAGUCAUCAUUUACUCAUCUACUUGUAAUGCCAAACCUUAUGACUUUCAUUUAGCAUGAAACAGAAAUUUAGCAGAAUGUCUGGGCUUCUCUCUUUCACACAAUGAAAGUGGAUGGUGACUGGGGAUGUUUUUCCAAAAAGAAAAAAGCAUCAUAUAAUGGAUCUAAAAGUAGUCCUUAUGACUUAUGCACUAUAUUCCAAGCAAGAUUUUGAAUUAACACUCGCAAAAUUUAUUUUCAAGGUAUUUCAUGCACAGUGGUGGGUAAUUUUGCUCAUCUACCCGCCACUGUGGUGGGUGACCUGUAAGAUGUCUCAGAGUAACACAUGACAAGAAAUGCCAUUAGACACAAAUACAGUAAGCGUAUUUAAAAAAACAUUUAUUAUAUUUUGAAGAACAGACGAAAGAGAAUCUAUUGAUGCGUGUGUCUGAUUGGGUGUAUGUUCAGAGGUUCAGUGGCCUUGUGCCACAGAUGAGCGCAGCACGAGCGCUUCUCAUGGAAUGUGCAUGCAUAGAGUUCUCAUUCUGUCUUCUCAGUUUCAGUCUUCUGAAAACAACAGGAAUAUUGUUGUCAAUGAGAAUGGUGCAAAUGAUCUCAGACCAUCUCAGGAGGUGUUCUGAAUUUAGUUUGCUAUUUUUUAACGUAGCAGUUCGUGUUUUACCUGCCUCGUGAACCCAACUCUGCAGGUUCACUUUAUUUUGACCUAAUUUCAAAUAUUUGUAGCUGUAUACAUUACCUUACAUAGCAAAUGACAUGCAAUGACAUUAAGUGAACAUGUGUCAUCAUAAUUCAGUACAGCUUCAGAAAUGGUGCUUGAACAAGAAGUUUAAUUUCUGUGCUUGUCUACUCUUUAGCCUCCAUUUGUAUGUUGCAAAAUUAUCAUUAUGAUAAUAAAAAGAAUAAUAUGGUAUUAUAUGUUAUAUUACAAAAUAAAAUUCUAUAAAAAUAUAUAUAUAUACACACACACUCUACCGGUCAAAAGUUUUGAAACACUCAUUCUUUAUUAUUUUUUUUUUUUUUUUUUUUUCUUUCACGUUUUAGAAUAAUAGUAAAGUCAUAAAUGGAACUAUGGGAAUUAUGUUGUGACUAAACAAAAUCCAAAAUUAAUCAAAACUGUGUUAUAUUUUAGCAUCUUCAAAGUAGUCAAAGUAGUUUGCCUAGAAUUUGCAGACAUGUACUCUUGACAUUUUCUCAACCAACUUCUUGAAGUAUCACCCUGGGAUGCUUUUUAAACAGUAUUGAAGUAGUUCCCAUCUAUGUUGGGCACUUAUUGGCUGCUUUUCCUUAUUUGGUCCAAGUCAUCAAUUUCAAAAACAUAUUUUUUUUAAAUUACAUUUUAGUUUUAUAAUGAAAUAAAUUUAUAUGGUGGCACAAUUAUAUCUUUGUCUACAAAACUA